AUGGAAGAGGGUUUGAUUCAAAAGCUUCAGACUUUUUCUUUUACAGAGGAAGAGGAUGUGGCUAUUGAUUUCGGUAUUGAUGAUAUUGCAGAAGGUCUGGAGGAGUGUGCUUUGAGUGUUUAUGCGAAGAUUUUGACAGAUAAAUUUGUAAACUCAAUAGCCCUAAAGAACACAAUGUCGAGGGAUGGGGAAACCCAUUUUGCUUUAUUCCAAUACGAAAGGCUACCACAGAUGUGCUUUCAUUGUGGUAAAACAAGGCACACUGUGAAACAAUGUACUGGGCUGCUUGAGAUAGUGAAGAAGGAUAAAGGGAUUGAGAAUCAGUAUGGGGCAUGGUUAAACGCUACUGUUACCAAGUCCAGGUUGGUUCUGAGGCAUCGGAAUGAGUCUGGAGUUUCGAAGAUUAUGUCUGUGGUUUCUGAUCCGACUACUUUUUUUAGGCUUGAUUAUGGGUGUUCACAAAGGGAUUCUAUGCGUGUUGUUAGGCCGGAAAUCAGGGAGAGUAAUCAAAGGGAGCCUAAUGAAAAGGAGGGAACUCGGUAA